AUAGUCAAAGUCUUCAACAGAGUUUCUCUCUGUCUUCAACAGCUGUUCGAGAGCGAAUGUUUUCACGACGGUUGAUAGAGGGGCCAGCAUUCAAAUUUCCACAGUGACUGUUGUGUUCGAAACCGAAGCUUCGGAUUCUUGUGUCGCGGAUAAUAGUUCCCGAGCUCUGAUCGAGUGUCCUUCGCUCCAGAAUGGCACAGAAUAUAAAUCCGUUCUAUUCGUCGCAGAAUGCUCCGAGUAAAGCUACCGAGGAAAAGCAAAAUGUACCGAAAGACAACCACGCAGUCAGUAAACGACUGCAGAAGGAACUUAUGGUCUUGAUGAUGAACACGGAGAAAGGUGUUUCCGCCUUUCCGGACGGAGAGAAUCUGUUCAAAUGGAUAGGAACUAUCACGGGACCAACGGACACGGUUUACGCCGGACUCACGUACAAAUUAACUUUAGAAUUUCCCCACAGUUACCCAUACAGCGCACCGAUAGUACGAUUCGUUACUCCCUGCUUCCACCCGAACGUGGACGCAGUGGGUAACAUUUGCUUGGACAUACUGAAAGACAAGUGGAGCGCUUUGUACGAUGUGCGGACCAUAUUGUUGUCCAUACAAUCUCUCCUCAGUGAGCCUAACAACGAGAGUCCACUGAAUCCACAGGCGGCCAAGCUGUGGCACGAGCCGGCAAAGUACAAGAAACAUUUAACGGAGGAGUAUCACAGAACUGUGAGUCGCGAACAGCAAGACUCAUGAUAAGUGUACUUCUCUAAUUAUCAUGGCUUGUUCAUCGAUUCAUUUCUAUAAAUGUUACGAUACGAUUAGGUAUAAGGUAUAUAAGAGCAAACUGCACCAAACUUAUUCAGAUGUACUUCGUUACAAAGGAUCGAGACUCCCGUUUUCUAUUCUUCACACGUUUCACAUCGUUCACCGCGGUCAUUUUCUUUUUCUUUCUUUAUCAACGUAAUUUCGUCUCGAGAGCAUGUGUAGAAAUCUGUAUCACGACUUUAAAAAUGUACAUGCGUAUUAAACAUUUUUGCAUCGUCACUCUCGACCAGACAUCCUUAUUUAUUUUUUGGACGAUGUAUAUUGAUCUUGACCCGUGCAAACGAGUCCUACUGGCAUAGACGUUACGUUAUCGACGAUCAUUGUAUAUUUUGACAAUAAAAAUUUUAAACAUUA